GCCUCUUCCGCUUCGGACAUGAGUGUCUGUUUUUGCCCGCUGUAAAUCUGGGACUUGAAACUGCAAACAUAUUUCUUGAACUGGGCUUGGAAAUAUGUGAGUUUGCUUGUCUUGGGGUUCGAUUCAGUUUCUUCUUCGGAUUGUUUAGCCGGUUUAGGAUGAUUGGGCGAAAAUUGAGGUGACUCUAUACCAGCACCAACUUUUGAAUUCGGUAAUUUGCUUUGAAAGCUUUUGAAAAGUUGGCUAACCCCCACGGAGGUUAUCUUUUCGUCUGAUUUAGGCGCUUCAGGUAUGAUUUCCUCAUUCAGUUUUGAUUUGGUUGAGGCACGUUGGGCUGCCACUUCUUGCGCUGGCUUUGGUUUAUUGAAGAAACCUGCACCAAGGGCUCUCUUCGCGCGCUCAGCUUGGCUUUUCAAAAAUGUAUUCAUCUUCGCGCUUUCAAUUGCUGAAGGCUUUUAUUACAUAACUUCGCCACUUGCCUUUAUAACCUUAGAGGAUUGAAUAAGCAUUCGCACUGGCUACUCACCCCCAUUUCCGCUGUGUUAUUUGUCCAAAUUUAUUAAUUUUACACAUUUUUUUUUAUUAUCUGUCAUCUAAUUAUAUUUUCCCACAAUGUUCAAAUUCAAAACCCGUAAAAAUUCGAAAUGUAAAAUAACUAAUAAUCAAAAUCAAGUCAUGCUUGGAGAGCGCCAUCUUUGCGUCGUGGAUUACGUGUAGCCUACUUCCAACAAAAUAAAUAAAUAAUUACACCCUGAAUUAGUCUGGCAUCAGGGUAUAUCUUUUCACCGCUGAUAUUUUUCAUCGUCGGAAAUCUGACAACCCGUUAUUUAUCAAGUUUAUAAUUGCGAAAAUUGGAACACCAAAUUGGGUCGUUUGAAGUAAACCAAAUAACACGACCUGAAAAACCGGAGGUUCUCUUCCAAACGGCACACACACCGAGAGACACGUUUGGCUUAUUAAACUCGUGUGUGGCUGAGAAACGACACGCUAACCACUUGCCUCAAUUUUGGCCCUUGGAUAUAGUCAAGUUCCGCAGUUAUUACUAGUCAGUUGCAGCCGAUCUUCAUCAGUGAAUAUAAUGCGUCGCGUGCCAAUACUUCAAUCAAAGAAUCGAUCGGGAUGGCUGCUAAUCACGCUGAUCAUCGCUAUCAUCAUCGAUCCGAGUGGCGCGGUUUCGGUCAAGAAAAUGCUGAACGGAGAUUAUAACCGACCGCUGCUUUACGGCCUGUUGUUAAGAUAUCCUGUUAUCAAAACAGAAGCGGGAUUAAUUGCCAUGGGCAGCCACCCAGUGUCGACAGUAAGUUUGGGUCCCAACUUCCGCGCUAGGCCAAGUCUGUGUCGUGGCAAGCGGCUCGAUACCCUGGGAUCAUUCAGUCCCGAUAAUUACAUAACGGCCGAUCAGUGCAUGAAGAGUGGAGGGGAUUGCUGCAACUUCAGCCCAGAAUGGGGCUUCGCCAACAACGAUCCGAGUUACAUGGGACCGUUGGACAGAUGCCACGGUUGCUACGAUACCCGAAUCACAGUUCAAUGCACGGGUAAUGUUUUGCGAAGUCGUGAGCGACAUGACGAAGAAGAAAGUAACGUUGUCGACUUGAACGACGUAACGGCUUCAAAAUGCAUCCAGUCAGGUGGGCGAUGCUGCGACCAGCGCAUGAUUCCCGAAUUGUUUGGCAAUGGCCCAGGGGUCUUUGAUCCGCAUCAAUUCCCGCGGGAGGAGCACUGCUCCAACUGUUUCUCCGGUUCAAUGUACAGAUUGGAAUGCACAGGAAAGCUAUUACAGUCGGAUUCGUACACGGGCGACAUUUGCAGUCAAUUCGACGGGAAAUGUUGCCAAGACAUUUACGGAGCAUUCGAUCCGGUCCGGUAUCCCAACAGAGAUUGCUCCGUCUGUUUCUCUGGCUCAAUCCAGGAAGAGUAAUUAAUCGCCACUAUAACCCAGUUAUUUUCCUGUUUGUUUUUUGCUGUUAAAAAAAAAUGUAUCUACCAAAAGUUAACUCGAUUGAAUGUUGCAGCUAUAAAUUGCUGUGCAUGUUUAUAUGCUGCUGCCAUACAGUCUGAAAUUGUGUUGUUGUCGUUACCGUGAAUCCAUAAACAUAAAUGCUAAUAAUAUGCAUGCGCGCGCAAAUUAUUCCCUGGAGAAUAUGAUUAUAAAUUUAAAAAUGGAAA